AUGGGCUCCGCGGCCCGCAAGCGCUUCCCGCCCCCCACGACUGGCCCAUUGCGCAGGCUCCUGCCCGCGAAAGUGAAUGGACAGCGGCGAAGGGGACCUUUACUCAAUAAUUUGAACUAAAUAUUUUUGUUUUCUCUCUAUAUGUUUCUAGCUAACUUAGUGCUCCAUCAGACUGUGGAGCGUAUUCAUGUGGGGAAAAAAUACGGUGAUAUUCCUCGAGGGAUUUUUGUGGUCAGAGGAGAAAAUGUGGUCCUACUAGGAGAAAUAGACUUGGAGAAGGAGAGCGACACCCCCCUCCAGCAGGUGUCGAUUGAAGAAAUCCUAGAGGAGCAAAGGGUGGAACAGCAGGCCAAGCUAGAAGCAGAGAAGCUGAAAGCGCAGGCUCUGAAGGAUCGAGGCCUCUCCAUUCCCCGAGCAGAGGCUCUGGACGAGUACUGAGCCUUUGCUCCAGGCCAGGAGCACGAGCUGUCACCUUUGACCAGAGACUGCUGCAUUUUGAAAAAUCCUUUUUAUUUUAAAUUCUUUACUGAUGUAACCUGACGAAAUCAUGUGGUGUUUUUGUUUUUUUGUUGUCUGUUUUUAAUAACAAAAUCAUUGUGAAGAGAGUGGCCUGGACUCCUUUCUCACGUCACUGUGGAGCCAGCAGCUACUUCUUUAUUUUGCUUGCCUUGUUCACAUUAGGCUUUAUAAGGGACAUUCUUUAUUUGUAAAUAAAGUAAAUAAGUGAAUCUCAAAACUCUCAAUUUAUCCCCCACAUUUACGUUGCCUUCAAUGAACAGGUAAAAUUAAUACUCUGCUUUCAAAGGUAUGAGCAGUCUACACUGGAAUUUCCCCCUUCUGUCACAAUUUCAAGUUGCUAGUUACUUAUAAAGAGAUAUUUUCUUACUACCUA